AUCAGGGAUAAUUAAAUAUAGCAUUAUCACCACAAUAUUAAAUUUCGUAUCAUGGGAGUAUGUAACAGAUAAGCACAUCCGAAAUCUUUGUGUCUCUAUAAACCCCAAUCAAUGAGUACUAACCGGUUCCAGCUUGGAAAAUUGAUUCACUAUUCAGCAGACUUGGUGUUGUUCUCCAUCAUUUUAGCUGGAAUUCACAGAAACACUGGCUUAGUGUUUGAUGCCUCCAACUUAUCAUCUGUUGAUUUCCGCAGAUGGUUUGCCAAGUAUUUGAACUUUGGAGAAACUUGUUACGAUAAACUUGUUUCGUUAUUGAAGAUGUCUGGCUACUUCAAGCAAAACAAUUUGAUAUCUGACUACUUGACAAGAGAGACAAAGAAAUUUGUCGAUGAGCAAGCCAAAAGAGAUUGAAACUUGGCAGUUGUGGUUCUUUUGUUCUUCCUAUAUAUAGUUUUUAAAUUCCUUGUAUCUAUUUAAUGUACCCUAUAAACAGUAACCUCACACUCGCAAAUUUACAUCUCAAAAGCAGAGCGGUAUGUUAAAGAUCCCACUAUUAUCCUGAUGAUUCUAGAGAAUGAGCUGUAUCAAUGAGAUAAAAAACUCCUUAGUAUGCCUAGGUGCAUAGGAGUUGGAGUUAUGUCAAGCUUGAGCCCAUGAAAACGGGAGUAAAUAAUCCAUGUCAACUACUAACUCAUACUCAGAU